AAGGACAAAAACAAGAGCGACAACGCUGAAUGCACAAGGAGAUUUUCAAAGGGUCAAAGGCUAUCAGACAAGAAGCAGAAAAAUGUAGCAGCGCAGGCUUUAGACUCCGACACCAGGAAGAUAAGCACAAGAACGACAAUGAAUAAACAAGCAGAUUUGAAUGGGACAUAUCGCGAGAAUACACAACAAAAAUGCAGAACAACAUCAAAGACCGGGUCUUCUGUCGUCGAGCAUCCGCACCGCGAACGUCCGGCUGAGAUUGGGUGUGCUUGUGUCGAGGUUUGGAAGCCGAGGUCGGCGCCGGCGCCGUCGGCAUCGGAAUGGACGAGGUGGGUUUGGCAGGAGGCGGAGGAGGGAUUUGACUGAGACGACGUUCGGCAGCAGAAGGAGCAGGAGGAGCAGGGGCAGGGGCAGUAGGGGCAGCAGGGGCGGAAGCAGCAGGGGCGGCAGCGGUGGACUCCCGCUUCACUUUCAUACUCCGCUCCCGCUUAAGAACCAUCUCGGUCCAGAGCUUGGCCUGGCUGCUUCCCGAGGAUCCUUUGCCCACCGCAUCGGCCAGGACCUUCAUCCAUCCGUCCUUGUCGGCUGCGCUGUCAGCGUAGAAAUCAAUCACUUCGCCGUUGCCGAAGCGAAUACGGAACCCUUCCUCCACGAACAUAUAACCUUCCUCUUCCUCAGCAAACGCAGACUUGCGACGGCCACCACCCCGGGUGGUGGUCUCUUUCUGCAUCAGCGAAGAUCGGUCAUCAAUCAACUUGACUGCCUUCGAAAGGUUGAUCGUGGCACGUGGUUGACGGGUGGUCUCGUGGUAGGCGGUCAAUUUGGAUCCCUGAAGCUUAAAGAAGCGACGACGCCAGUACUAUGCCAUCGACAUCAGCAAAAGCCACACCUGGUGCAUCUCAAAGGGGACUUACCGGGCAGUCACCACCCUGCUGUGACAAAAAUCCCUCGAAACUACGAGCAGAGACGCUCUCCGCCUCACGCAUUUCCCGAAUGCAGGCAUUCAUGCUCUUGGGCAUAUCCUCCUCCUUCGCACCCUUAGGCUUGGGGACAAACAACAGCUGGAGCUCCAGCUUUCCAAUCUUAUAAGGAGGUCUUCGCUGAGAAGUCGUACUUGUCGUACUCUUCUUG